UGUGGAUCGAUAGUGUAUGCACUAUAUUACAUGGAUUACAUGCAUACGGAUACACGAUAUAAUAAGUCACGUCCAGGCUGCUUCUGCAGAUAUUAUAGUGAUAAUAAUAACAAAUUGAUUUUCAAACGUAGAAACAAUGGAUUUCAACGUUAAAAAAUUAGUUAAAGAUGCUGGAACCGCGCUCAGCAGAGUUGUGCAGCUCACCGAAGAGAAGCUUGGAACGUCCGAGAAAACUGAGCUUGAUGCUCACUUUGAAUUCCUCGCUGACAGAGCAGAUGCAACCAAAACUUGGACAGAGAAAAUACUCAAGAAUACGGAAGCAAUGCUCACACCAAAUCCAGGCAACAGAAUCGAGGAUUUUUUCUUUGAAAAAAUAGACAAGAAAAAACCAAACCGACUCAGCAACUUGGAAUAUGUUGGCAUUGACAUGAUCGAAGCUGGGAAUGACUUCGGUCCUGGUACUGCUUAUGGUGGUGCAUUGAUCAAAGUCGGGCAAUGCCAACAGAAAUUAGGACAGAUAGAGAGAGACUUCAUCGGCACAGCGGCUAACUGCUAUGUUCAACCGUUGAGGAAGUUUUUGGAUGGAGAGAUGAAGACUAUCAGUAAAGAGCGAACAAUUCUAGAAAGCAAACGGCUUGAUUUGGAUGCCUCUAAAAAUAGAGUUCGAAAGGCGAGGAGCAUGCUGGGUCAACAGAGCGAAUCUGGCGUUUCUCCUGAAGUUUUACUCGAUCAGGCAGAAAGAGAGCUGAGAGUAGCGCAGUCCGAAUUCGAUCGGCAAUCUGAGAUCACGAAGUUCUUGUUGGAAGGAGUAUCGAGUUCGCAGGCAGGCCACCUUCGCUGUCUCCAUGAGUUUGUUGAGGCGCAGGCUCGCCAUUAUGCUCAGUGUCACGCAGCGAUGCAAGACUUGCAGCGAGAACUGGCUGGCAUGUCCGGAGCAACCUUCCACCCGUCCACCCCACCAUCUCCUUCCGCACCGGCGGAGAACGGCCAGGAUCGAGCUCGAGUGAUCUGUGACUACGAUGCGAGGGAUCCGAGCGAGUUGAGCCUGAUGCAAGAUGAGGUGAUUUGUGUGUCUAAGAUUCCUGGGGACGGAGAUUAUCUGAUGGGAGUUAGAGGCAACCAGCGAGGCAAAGUACCCAAGGCUUUUCUGGAACCAAUUGUAGCUUCCUAAUAAAUUUUCUAAUUUGGCUUGAAAAUUCAAAUUCUAACGGAUUCUAACGGAUUCUAACUUUGUUACAGUAGAGAUAUCAAGAAAUUGAACAACACAGCUGUUUGUCUUCCAAAUAACUACUGUAUUGAGAUUACAAUAGAUUUGAGAAUGGUGACUGCCCGAUGCUUAGUUCAACUGCAAAUAUGUUUUGAAGUUACCAAUUGUUGUAUAAUAUUCAGAUAAAUAGUUUUAAGACUUUGGCAUAGUGCCUGCGUGGCUAACGAGCAACAAUGCGUAUUGUACCAAUUAAUCGAGAACUCAAUAAGUGUCGCAGAUUUGUAGUUUUGAAUUUUUUUCAAACCCAAACAACGCUCGAAUUCCAAAUUAUUGCUUUAUUCUAUUUCAUUUAUUUGGUCUAGUACCUACAUAUUCAUAGAUCAAUUAGGUAUUUAUUAACUAAUAUAUUAUGUUGUGUAUUAUUUUUAAUCUGUUGAGCUUGUCUAUUCGGUUUAUACGAGCGGUUUGCAUGAUGAAAAUAUAAAACAAAAAAAGGUGAUUAUCAUCAAUUUUGAAAGAUGGCUGUGGUCAAAUAAUUUUUAAUCAAGACAAGAAACAGAGUCAGCUAAUCGUCUCAAUAGAACAGUCAAACUUAAUAAGGAGUGCAGCUACUUGUUUAAUUUUUUUCUUCAUGGUCGUUGUAAAAACAUUAUUUAUUGAAAACUUGGAGAAAUAAGCCAAUGUACUAACGGUUUCAAAGAGGUUUUCAGUCAAUUCGACUUUUUUCUGGAUGUUUAAAGAUAUGAGAAUAAAUCCUGAAAUAUCAAAAGAUCUUUCAUAUUAGCGGAUAAGUAGAACAGGGUUGAUCCCUGACAUGUACAUAGAUUAAAACAAAUUAUUCCAAUAAUCCGAAUUCUUCAUUGAUCAGUAGAUUCCAAGGGCGGUGCGUCGUUAUUACACACUGUUAGAUAUUUGGAGUGAAUAAUAUUUACGGAUAUGCCCAAUUUUUAGAAAACGCGCUUAUAGUACGUACAAUAAAUUUAAAUAUAGUGAUCCGCAUUUCUGCAAUAACUUCGUCAGUACAAUAAAUUAUAUUAUAUUACAACGUUAAAUCGAUUUCUCACUACUUAAUUGUAAUGAGGUGAUAACUCAGUAACCAUGUUGAAAUUAUUACCCUGUUAAAGUUUAAGUAUAAAUCUACAAUAUAAUGAUGCAAUUAUUAUGUAUGUGGUUACUAUAUUAAAUAUACACAUUUGCUGAUGUUGGGAAGUUCAAUCCUCAGUUU